GAUGCGGAAGAAUUACAAUCUCAUGCUACAGUUUGCACAUGUGUUUGUUUAUUAGACAUUUAUUGCAAGAAAUAUGUCGUUUUAGGACAUUUAUUAUUGCAUUCAUUUAUAAUUAGAUGAUAUAAGUGAAAUGACAAAUUGCUUAAAGACUAUGAUUUCUGCUGUUGGUUGAGCUUGGUAAACAGUAACGUAUCCUAACAGUGUUAGCUAGCUAGCUACAAUGUUAUAGUGUGUUAUGGUGUCACAUUGAUUCAUUUAGAAAAUGAAAUAUUUGUAGCACGGGCGCUUCACUCUACACAUUACAUAACUGGACAGUCUAUCUACCAUGACUAUGAAGGAGGAAGCACCGCGUGUCCCAGAGUGCUACAUCUCAGAACAUGAAGGGUUCUAUGGAACCAUCAAGAACUCCACCAGAGACUUUGUAGUCACAGAGAUAGACAUCCAUGGCCAGAUGGUUACUAAACCCAGUGUAUCUGAUGUUCCUCAAUCAUCCAACAUUACUGAGGCACGCCCAGGUGCCAAGUCUGAAGGAAAGACAAAUAUUAUUAGCCCAAAACAUCAACACAACCUCAAAGAAGAGAAUUGUCCUCCGGUUGUAAAGGGUAUGGAUUCAGUACCUGGACCCGGUCAGAAUGGUGACAUCACAUCCACCGCCAGCCAAGACUGUUUUGACCUGAGCACGAUACUGGGUCAGGCUGUCUGUGAAGAGCUAGAGCAGUUCACUGCUUUAUUGAGAGAGGCGUCAUCAAGUCCCAAUGAUGGCAUUGAGAAGAAUCUGGCCAACCAAGAAUCAUCCAAUGGCAGUGAGAAGAAGAUGGCCAAUCAAGAGUUAUCCCUGGGUUCAUUCCCAGACAAACACCAAAGAGCUAAUGUCCACCGUGCUGUCCGACACAACUUUCCCUUCCUGUUGACAGUAACCAACCAAUCAGAGAUUAGGGUUAAGGAGGACCCUGACUUUAAGCUCCUAUCAGGUUUGGUCUCCGAGGAGGAGGCCGAAGACUUUAUCAGGUUCAUCGACACCAAGAUGCCUAACUCUGUGUACACGUUCAGGGGUGAUGACAGUAAGGAGCACAGGACGGCAGUGCACCACUUCCUCAGUAGACGGUUUGGUAAACUGGUGGAGACUAAGAGCUUCAGUGACCAGCAGCAGAAGACUACGGCCAUUACGGUCAGGUUGAGAGAAAAAGGGAAACCCAGGAAGAGGACGGCUGAUGACAGUAAAGAGGAAGAGGUCUAUACAGCGUUCACUCUGAGGAAGGAGAACCUAGAGACUCUGGAGGCUAUCAGCUACAUGGCAGCUGUCCUGGGGGUGCUGCCCUCUGACUUCACCUACGCUGGCAUCAAGGACAAGAGGGCCGUCACCUACCAGUCCAUGGUGGUCAAGAAGAUCUCACCACAACGGCUGAGAGAGAAGGCCAGUGAYUUUGAGAAGAGGGGGGUGGUCCUCUCCUCCGUCCGCUCCGUCUCUGAGCCUCUUCAUCUGGGUAGACUCCAGGGGAACCACUUUGACCUGGUGGUACGGGAUCUGAGACCACGCCAGGGUCACGGCACACUGAUGGAGCUGGACUCACUGGUGCAGGAGGCUGUGGACAACGUAAAGGUCAAAGGGUUUGUGAACUACUAUGGACCUCAGAGGUUUGGGACUGGACAGAGUGUUCAGUCUGACCGCGUCGGACUGGCCCUGCUCAAAGGGGAAAUGGUGGCAGCUGUCCGUCUGUUCUUCACACCAGAAGAGGGUGAUGACCCUCAGAGCGUUGCCAAGAGACACUUCCUCCAGACUGAUAAUGCCAAGGAGGCCCUGUCUCUGAUGCCCAUGUCCAAGGCCAGAGAGAGGAUGAUGCUGAGGGCCCUACAUCGCUAUGGGACGGGCCCAGAGGGCUGCACCCGUGCCUGGCUCAGCCUGCCCCAUGGGAUGAGGGUCUUCUACCCCCACGCAUACUGCAGCCGGGUCUGGAACGAGGCGGCUGCACACAGGCUGGCCACGCUGGGCCACAGGGCCAGGCAGGGAGAUCUGGUCUGGAAGCAGAGGGGAGAGGAGGGGAUAGAGGUGGGAGAAACCAGCUUACCUCAGAUUCAUGUUGUUACUGCUGCAGAGGAGGAAGUCUACUCACUAGGACAGGUGGUUCUUCCCAUGCUUGGCAACAGUGUGAAGUACCCAGAGAACCCUGUAGGGGGCUGGUACCAGGAGAGACUGGCGAGGGACGGACUACAGAGCUGUCGGUUCAGAGUCACUCCUCUCAAACUGAACUCCCCUGGCUGCUACCGCCUACUGGCCAUCCCACAUAGCCUGACCUACAGGCUGGAGCAGAGCCAGAGAGCUGGGAGAGGCAACAGGAACACACCGAGUUUGACGUUGAACUUUGACCUGGACUCUUCCUGCUACGCUACCGUCUGCCUCAGAGAGGUCAUGAAAUGUGACCCUUAGACUGGAGUUCAGAUGCUGUAUGUACUACUGUGUGUACAGUAUUUUGAUUAGUAUUGUGUUGUGUACACAGUGUGGCCUCUGUGUAGAUGUAGGAUACUGCUACAGUAUUGUGAUCAGUUUGCCGAUUCGUUGCCUGAUUUGUCAGACAUGUCGUAAUAAAAAAUGCUUUGUAAUUUA